AUGAGCAGUGAAAAUGACAAAGACUGCCUCAUAACCUUUCCCACUAGACAUCUCGAAAGGCUCCUGAUCGGAGUUCAUUCCUCCAACAAGCGCACCACGCUCAAAGAAGCAAAUGCCAUUCUGUAUCACGCCGACUUUGAUACAAAGGAUUAA